UGUGAGUGAGUCUUCCCCACAAUCAUCAUACUCCCUUUAAUAUUCCUUUCAAUUAAUUACUUCCCACACCACACUCGAAGGAAGCCAUGAACAACACCAAAUCCCCCUUCCUUCUCCUCCUCCUCCUCCUCCACCUAUUCUCCAUUUCCACCGCCAAAUCCCAUAUCCCCUCCAACUGCAACCCCGCCGCUGACCGGAGCUCCACCCUCCAAGUGUUCCACAUUUUCAGCCCCUGCUCCCCAUUCCGCCCAUCAAAGCCCCUUUCUUGGGCCGACAAUGUACUCCAAAUGCAGGCCAAGGACCAAGCCCGUCUCCAGUUCCUGUCCUCCCUGGUGGCUCGAAGGUCGUUCGUCCCCAUCGCCUCCGCCCGGCAGCUGAUCCAGAGCCCCACCUUCGUGGUCCGGGCCAAGAUCGGGACCCCUGCCCAGACCCUCCUCUUGGCCCUCGAUACCAGCAACGACGCCGCUUGGAUUCCUUGCUCCGGCUGCAUCGGUUGCCCUUCCACCACCGUCUUCUCAUCCGACAAGUCGUCCUCCUUCCGUCCCCUCCCCUGCCAAUCCCCUCAAUGCAACCAGGUACCGAACCCGAGUUGCAGCGGCAGCGCUUGUGGUUUCAACCUCACGUACGGGAGCUCGACGGUGGCGGCGGAUCUGGUUCAAGACAACCUAACUCUGGCCACAGACUCAGUCCCCUCCUACACAUUCGGUUGCAUCAGGAAGGCCACGGGUAGUUCAGUACCGCCUCAGGGGCUAUUGGGGUUGGGCCGAGGCCCAUUAUCACUUUUGGGCCAGAGCCAGAGCUUGUACCAAUCCACAUUCUCCUACUGUCUUCCCAGCUUCAAAUCCGUCAACUUUUCUGGCUCGUUGCGUCUUGGGCCUGUGGCCCAGCCCAUUAGAAUUAAGUACACCCCGCUGCUCCGCAACCCCCGACGGUCCUCGUUGUAUUACGUGAAUUUAAUUUCCAUCAGAGUCGGCCGCAAAAUCGUCGAUAUUCCUCCCUCUGCUCUCGCUUUUAACUCCGCCACCGGCGCCGGCACUGUCAUCGAUUCCGGGACGACGUUCACAAGGCUGGUGGCACCGGCGUACACGGCGGUGAGGGACGAAUUCCGGCGAAGAGUGGGGAGAAACGUAACAGUUUCAUCCUUGGGGGGGUUUGACACGUGCUAUACAGUCCCAAUCAUCUCUCCCACCAUAACCUUUAUGUUCGCGGGAAUGAACGUGACUCUUCCACCGGACAACUUCCUGAUACACAGCACGGCGGGAUCAACGACGUGCCUGGCCAUGGCCGCGGCCCCGGAUAACGUGAACUCUGUACUGAACGUGAUUGCUAGCAUGCAGCAGCAAAACCAUCGCAUACUGUUCGACAUACCGAAUUCCCGCGUGGGAGUUGCCCGUGAAUCCUGCUCCUCUUAAUUAAUAUAACACAAGUUGGUGGUGGUGGUUGUUGGUUUUUAGAAAUUAGAAUAAGAAUAUGUGUGUGGUAAAAGUAAAAGUAAAAGUAGUAAUUUUGAAUUAUUGGUGGUUUGGUUUUCAAAAUUUAGUAGUACAUUUGAAUGGAGUAAGAAGGGCGGUAAAGGAGAGAGAGAAGUAUAAAAAAGAAAAUGGUGUCAUUUGGGAUUUGGAAUGUUUUAGGGUUUAUUAUAUUAUUCAAUAUGUCUCUCUCUUGACCUAAAGCAAACGGCUUUUUUUGGUUUUCUAUUCUCCGCCUUGUUUCUGACUUUGUGUGUCGUAACCCUACUUUUACUACUCAACAGAACACUUCUUUUUAUUUUUAUAUUAUAUGAGAAAAGACAGAGUAUACGUACCUGAGCUUUCCACUUA